UACAAACAAAUGCUCUGAUCCUCUGGUGCAUUGAGGUUUCGUAGUCCGAGUCGACUGACAGCCACCACUCACACACACGACUACACUCAAGGCAAAUCGAGCCUCUUAUCUCUCUGCCUCAUCUCAUCUCAUCCACACACAUACACACACCGAUGACCGCCGCACACACACAUACACACAGUAAUACAUCAAUCGUCGCUGACUUCACUGCACCAAAUGAGUUCAUUGCCGGCAAAUCGCUCCCAACCGGACAGUCAGCCAUUCAUUUUGUUACACUUCCACCUCUGGCGUGAGCGGCACCUUGUCAGUCCGCUGGGCUGCAGCCAACCACACACAAUACAGCACAGACAUUACAGCUGCGGUAUUGUGUGUGGCUGUGCUGUGUGUUGCACCGUGUAUAUGCUGCCUGGCCUGGAUGGCUCACUCACUCACUGCCUCACCGAGCUGCAGGUGUGCGUAUUCGGGCGGCACUUCCGACUCGGAGCUGUAGAAGAUGUAGCUGAGGGUGAUGUUCUCGACCACGUCAAGCCGAGGGUCCUCCAUGAUCUCGGGGUCGAUGAAGAAAAACACCGGCAUGUCGAUCUCCUCACCUGGUCCCACACACAUCUCUCUCUCUCUCUCUCUCUGUGUGUGUGUGUGUGUGUUUGUGUGUGUGUGUGUGUGGUUUGGGUACCGUACCUGGGUUGAGCAGCUGUUCCUCAAAGCAGAAGCACUGGAUUUUGUUGAAGUAGAUGCCAAUCUCGGGCGGCAUGCAGCUAUACAGCGACAUGCCUACACACACACACACACACACACCGGCCAUCCAUCCAUCCAUCCAGCUCCCUCCCUCCCUCCCUCCCUCCCCCCCUGUCUGUCUGUUGCUCUCGUACCGACCGAUGAGUGGUUCGUUGGUGAGGUUUUUGGCCUUGAAGAAUGCCAGGGCCGUCUCGCCCGGCGUGACGACAAUCCGCUUCUGGCAGGGUUUGAACUCCCACGGGAAAUCGCCGCCCAGCGUCGCCACAAAGUCCACAGUCAGCAGCUUCUUGGACGCCUUGGCUGGUGGGUGGGGGGACCAUACACACACACACGCACACACACGCGCACACGCACACAUACAUAAGCUGCCUGCCUGCCUGCCUGCCUUCCGCAUCGAUGUGUGUGCGCGUGUGUGGUUACACACAUGUUGGGUUUGGCGGCGGUGCGUAAUCCUUGUGGACUUGUGUGGUGCCGUCGUAGCCGGUGGUCUGGCAGAAUAGGUCGUAGAGGGGCGUGAAGGCCAUAGUCAUCCCCGCCGAGGACAGCAUGAUCGUCACCAACACAAAGGGCACCGGCGUGUUGUGCUUGCGCUUGAACAGCCUCAACCGCUUGAUACGCUGCAUCAGCCGCUCCCCGCCGUCACGCUCACGCAGAAGCGGAGACGAUGCCGAGUAUGGCGACUGCAGCAGCGGACGGCUGGCCGUCACAAACGAGCGGUAAGAGGCCGGCAUCGGUCCAGAGGGGGAGGAGAUCAGCACUCGAGUGAAGGUGGCAAGGGAGGACGGGGCGGCCGAGCGAGAGCCCCUGGGGUGGAAACACGGCCAUUGCGCCUGCUGCUGUCGUCGGCAGAGCCCUCUCGAGGCCGUCAUCAUCGAGCCGCAUGAGUUGAGAACGACAGAGCCGACAGACCGGCCUCGUAACGCCGCUGUGGGUGCCGAUGGGGUGGCGUGUGCCGCCUGCCGUCCCGCUGAGGCGCUUCGCGCCAGCGAGGCAGACAAACCACCGCCGAGUUGCAUUCUUCGGUUCUCUGGUUGACGGGAUCUGCCGUCAGCUACGUCAUGAUGUCAGCUGAGUGCCGUGUGGCGGUCCCGUUUUCCUUUUUGUUUCG